AUGGCGAUACGGCAGCGCUCGUGCGAAAAAGACCCCGGCCUUGAAAUCCGAAAGUCGGGCAGCAUCGGCGGUCGGCUUUAUGCAGCCGCUGCUUUCACGACGUUCAAAAGUGGAUCAGCAAGCGGGAGGAGGGAAGCAGCUGCUGGACGAGUGGCAGCCGGUCAAGAAGCCAGCCGUGUCAGAGAGAGCGAUGCCGAUGCCGAACGAAGUGACAAGCCAUGGACUGCGGCUGAUCUUGGUGCAGAGCCAGCCAACAGCUUGAGCCGGACCAACCAGAGCGAAAGCAUUUUCUCGAGUGGAGGCGGUGCGGCGGAUUCUCCGAACUUUGAGGCGGAUGAGCAGUGUGUAGUGCGGGAUGGAGGCGAGCGCAGGUCUGAAAUUGCGGAAAGGAGUCAUCCGCCCUUGGACGUCAAAGCUGGCAAACGGCGCAGGAGCAGUGUUGGCGCAGCGCACCCCUGGGUCGGAUGCUGUUUUGGACAGGCCGCAGACGCUCGCCUCCGCAUCGUUUGCGCAGACCAUGUCGGCAGGCAGGCGGCCGAUCCAUCCGCAAAGACACUGUUCAGGUGCCCCAGCACAGUUGGGAUAGAUGCCAUUCUGCAAAGCAGUAUUAUAAAGAAGAGCAAGGACAAGUGGGCAGCUGGUGUGUGGCUGAGCCGAUCUGGGGCAGAAGCGGCGCCUCCACUCGAGGCCGAAUGGCGCCUGUGGGCAGGGCAGGGCAGGGCAGGGCGUGGCGCGAGUGAGGAGACAAAGCGCGCUGCUCCCGCUUCAUUUUUGGGCAUCGUUGCCACACUCGCUUGGCUGCUUGGCUGGGCUGGGUUGCGCGCGUCGUCGGAGCCUCUGUCCAUCCGCCUGAACUUGGACGGCAGCGACUCUGUGACUCGGGGCCAUCCCAGACAUCCUCUCGCAGACGUGACUCCUCCUCGUCGUAUCGUCAAGCUCAGUCUUUUACUUUUUCUGGUUGCCUUUGUCGUCGUCGUCACCAUCAUCAUUCUCCAUUUCGACACUCUACGACUCAGCUACACCCCCCCCCAACAACUCGCCAGCACUGCCCCACCCCGCAUCGCAUCGACUCAGCUCGACAUCCAGUCUCAGGGUCUGCCCGGUCAAGACGCGCCUUUGCCACUUGCUCUUGCGCGCGCGCGCAAUCCUUGCCACACCUCGUCAUCCCCCACGCUGGUGCUCCGUGACUCCUUCCUCGAGCACCGCCAAGUCCUUUUAGCUGAGCCUCGCACGCCCGCCCUCAACCGGAUUCGCUUCUUGCUCAGUUCCUCUACCCACCCCGCCACCUCUCUCCACAUCCACCGCUACCUCAAGGCCAUCGUCGUCGUCAGCUCGUGUCUAUACGACUCAGCUACUCAGCCUCUACUCAGCUUCGUCACCUCGAUCCUCUUCGCAUGUCCACCGACAGUAUCGUCUCUGCGACUCAGCCGAUCCAUCGCACCCUCUAGCCUCCAUCAUCGUCGGCAGCUAGAGUCUCCCGAAGCUCUCUCCACAACCAUCUCCCCCUCUUUACUCUUGGCCGGCCUCAUCCUUGUCGCUGGUCUUGUCGCUACAACCAACUCUGGACAUCUUGGACGUCGCAUCGUUCUAGAUAUCUACCCGCGAGCUCUCCUGUCCCUACAACAGGGUCCUCGCACACUCCACAUCUUCCAGGAUUGCGGUCUUCGCCGUCAUCCACCCGCACUUCAGCAUCAUCAUCCCCUCCUAGCUAGGCUAGCCAGUAUGCAGCCUCCUACUCUCCUCUUGCCAACCAUGGCUGCCGACGGUGUUGCCGUUGCGAUGUCCGACUAUGUCGAGCUCAACGGCUUCAACCUCGCCAGCCACACCACUGCUCUCGAGCAGUCGGUGCUUGGCAAGCCCCACCUCCUCAGCACCGCCAGCCUCGCCGCUGCGGUGCCCACCAUCUGCGGCAAGCGUUCGCGCUCCAACUCGGACGCCUCGUCGUCGUAUUCUUCGUCCGCAGCCUCGAGCCACGCCUCGGUCUUUUCGUCCGAGCACGACGGCUCCGAGUCGGGCUACGACUCGCACACGAGCAUCGGCGACCAGACGCCCUGCUCGCGCAAGAGUUCCAUGAGCGAGACCGCCUCGUCUCAGCAGCUCGACAACCUUGCCACAUGGCGCGCCGACCUGCUCGCCGCCUCGCAUGCCGAGCGCGAGCGUUGCGCCAAGCGCAUCCGCGAUCUGCAGGGCGAAGUGGUGCGACUCGCCACCGAGGUCGUCGGCACCGCUUCCCAACCCGCUCAGCCUUGCCUGCCGUCUGUGGACGGCGUCGCCAGUGGCGCUGCGGCCCCUGCUGCUAGCGCUGGCCCGUCCGCCAUCUCGCCCGCCUCCACCUCGUCACCCUCGGCUUCGUCGGCGGACGAGUCCAAGAAUGCUCUCGUCGAUGGACUAGUUGUUCACGUGCUGAUCUUCCCUCGGCUGCUACCUGCUCCCUUCGCUUCCGCAACAGACGCCGCGUGCCGAACGCUGGACGUCAUCUGGAACGCCUCGAGCCCCUCGGCCGCUGCGGCGUGCGAUCUGAACAAGGGCAAGAGUGCGCUGCCGCUCCAGGUGUUUGUGCGCGAGACUCUUCGCCGUGGGCGCGCGUCGUGCUCGACGCUGCAGGCGGCGCUGCUGUACUGCGUGCGCCUGGGCGAUGCGGCCAAGCAGUCGGCGCAGCAUACGCUCAAAGAGUCGACGCGCGCUGUGGGCGUGCAGGUGAGCGUCGAGACGGACGCCGCCUCGCCCAUGCUCGGCAUGAGCAAGGAGGAGCUGUGCCUGAUCCGGUGCCCGCGCCGCAUGUUCCUGGCGUCGAUCAUGGUGGCGAGCAAGUUUGUGCAGGAUCGCACCUACUCGAACCGCGCCUGGUCCAAGAUCUCGGGCUUGCCGGUCAAGGAUCUGGGCAAGCUGGAGCGUGCGCUUCUCAAGGCGAUCGACUACCGCCUCGUCAUCUCCGAGGGCGAGUGGCAUAGGUGGACGGCCGAGCUGAAGCGCGCUCGCAAUGCCGAGGCGGGCCAGACGGGCCAGGCGGGCGCGAGACGCAGCAGCCUGAGCCGCUCGCAGUCGGACAAUGUGACGGGCGCGGCGGUGGCGCUGGACACGGAGCUGCGCGCGGUCAGUCCGUGCUUGGCCAGCCAGGUGCAGCCCAAGUAUGUGCAUGUGGACGAGGCGCAGCAUGCCGCGGCGGCUGUCAGCAUGGCACUGCCCUUCCCGCGCCAGGCCGCAGCUGGCGUGUCGGCAGAGAUCUAA